CGAAAAGUAUUUUGGACUGAACCAAACAAUCAGACUUACCUCAAUUGAAUUUUAUAGAUCUCUUUCAUAAAAUUGUCUUCUUACGCUCUAAAAUAUAUUUUAAUAUAAAAUUCGUUUAAAUUCGAGGGCAUUUAAAAUUACAUGAAACAGAUCUAUCAGAUUGUAUACUAAUCUUCAAACCCAUAUAUUGAAUCAGUUUGGAUUCUCCAAAUCCGCCAUUACCAUGAGAGUACCUUCGUCACCAGCCACCGCUGAUGGAGUCGGCGUUGUCGGCGGCGGAGGAGGUGGACACCACCGAGACAGACAAGCCGAAUCUCUCUUCCGCGCGAAGCCGAUUUCCGAGAUCCGCAAUGUGGAGGCCGGUACCAGGAAGCAGAUCGAGGACAAGAGCGAGGAGCUCCGGCAACUCGUCGGCAAUCGCUACCGCGAUCUCAUCGACUCCGCGGACUCCAUUGUCCAAAUGAAAGCCUCCUGCGAGUCCAUCUCCGCCAAUAUCUCCGCCAUCCACCACGCCAUCCUCCACUCCCUCUCCGCCGAAACCCCCAAAUUCACCGUCUCUCCGAACCCUAAACGGUUCAAAUGUUACUACGUCGCUUGCCGAGUCAAGUACCUGAUGGACACGACGGAGAGUAUCUGGGGGCGUCUCGACGAAUCCAUGUUUCUCGAAGCCGCGGCUAGGUAUGUUAGGGCAAAGCAGGUCCACCAUAGCCUUUUCAACAAUGAGGAUAACAAGGACAUGUUGCCGAAUUUUCCUCUGCUUCAGCACCAGUGGCAGAUCGUCGAGAGCUUCAAAGUACAGAUCUCGCAGAGGAGUCGGGAGAGGUUGUUGGAUCAAGCUCUUGGUCUCGGGAUCUCUGCGUAUGCCGACGCUCUCGCCGCCGUUGCAGUCAUGGACGAGCUCGAUCCCAAACAGGUUUUGUCUCUGUUUCUUGAUUCGAGAAAGGCAUGCAUUUUACAAAAAUUGAGUACUUGUUCUGUUGCCACUACUGCUAGUUCUGAUGUGAUUUUGGUAUUCUGUGAAGUCAUGAAGAUAAUUCAGGUUAGUGUAGGACAAGUAGGUGAAUUGUUCUUGCAAGUGUUGAAUGAUAUGCCAUUGUUUUACAAAGUCAUAUUGGGUUUUCCUCCUGCUUCUCAAUUAUUCGGCGGAAUUCUUAAUCCUGAUGAGGAAGUCAGGUUGUGGGAACUGUUUAGGGAUAAACUAGAGUCUGUUAUGGUUAUGCUUAGUCGAGAUUUCAUUGCAAAGACCUGUUCAGAUUGGUUGAGAAAUUGUGGCAAAGAGAUUGUUAAUAAAAUUAGUGGGAGGUACUUGAUCGAUGUGAUUGGUAGCGGUCAAGAGCUUUCUUCUGCCGAGAAGUUAAUACGGGAGACCAUGGAUAGUAAGCAAGUGUUGCAGGGGAGUAUAGACUGGCUGAAGACUGUCUUUGGCUCUGAGAUUGAGUUGCCAUGGAACAGAAUCCGUGAGCUUGUUUUGGAAGACGAUGUGGAUCUCUGGGAUGAAAUAUUUGAAGAUGCAUUUGUACGGAGGAUGAGAACUAUCAUAGAUUCCAGAUUUGAUGAAUUGACUGGAGUUGUUAAAGUGAAGGAGUCAGUUUGUGCUGUUGUGGAGACUUCUGCUGACCUGGUUGAUUUCCAGGCAUACUUAAAAAGAUCUGCUACGGCUGGUGGGGUUUGGUUCAUGGAGCCGAACAAUAAAAAGACUGGUCCCUUAGCUGGUUCCAGGGAACUGCCUGUGGAGAGUGAUUUUCACAGCUGUCUCAAUGCCUACUUUGGGGCUGAAGUCAGCCGGAUAAGGGAUGCAGUUGACAGCAGCUGCAAGAGUGUUCUUGUGGACCUAUUGAGCUUUCUAGAGUCUCCAAAGGCAUCUUUGAGGUUAAAGGAUCUAGCUCCAUAUCUACAAAAUAAGUGUUAUGGAAGCAUAUCAGCCAUACUGAUGGAACUCAAGAACGAGCUUGAACACUUGUCUGCUGCCCUGGGAAAUGGCAAAAGGGACAGUGAGUCUGUGCCUUUGCCUGUACUUGUUGAGAGAUCUCUGUUCAUUGGGAGACUCCUGUUUGCUUUCCAAAAGCACUCAAGACACAUACCAGUAAUACUUGGUUCUCCAAGGAUGUGGAUCAAUGAAACUGCGGCUGCUGUUUCUGGUAAGUCACCAUCCCUGUUGAGGCAUUCGAGCAUUACUAUUGAUUCUCCCAAGUUUGACAGCAUAGGAAAGAAAAUGCUUGACUCCUCUAAAAGACAAACUUCUCUGGCCACUUCUGCUUUGUUUGGAGUGGCUGAUAGCUCAAGCCCACAACUUGAAGAACUUAGUAGAAGAACAAGAGAUCUUUGCAUUAGAGCUCACGACUUGUGGAUAUCAUGGGUUUCUGGUGAGCUUUCAGCCAUUCUCUCAGAGGAUUUUAGACGAGAUGAUGGAUUAUCUACGACAAGUCCCUUGAGAGGCUGGGAGGAGACAAUAGUCAAGCAAGAGCAGUCUACCGAGAGCCAGUCAGAGAUGAAAAUAUCGCUCCCAUCCAUGCCUUCUCUUUAUAUUAACUCAUUUCUAUUCCAAGCAUGUGAAGAAAUUCACCGAGUUGGAGGUCAUGUACUUGACAAGACAAUUCUGCAAAAAUUCGCAUCGACACUACUGAAAAAGGUUAUUGAUAUUUAUGCGGACUUGCUUUCAAAUGAAGAGGUUUGCAGUUCUAAAUUGUCAGAUAAAGGGGUUCUGCAAGUUCUAUUAGACCUAAAAUUUGUUGUUGACGUUCUUUCGGGGGGCGAUUGUGAUACACAUGAGGAGUUAUCAAAAAAUUCAAAGGCGAAGUUUCCUUUCAGGCGGAAGCAAGAUGUGAAUCAGACAAAGUCUGUCAUCAGAGAGCAGGUUGAUGGGUUGAUUAGUCGUCUUUCGCAGAGGCUGGACCCCAUAGACUGGCUCACGUAUGAGCCAUAUCUCUGGGAGAAUGAGAGGCAGUCGUACCUACGACAUGCUGUGCUAUUUGGCUUCUUUGUGCAACUUAAUAGGAUGUACAUGGACUCUAUGCAGAGAAUGCCUUCUAAUUCAGAGUCAAAUGUUAUGAGAUGUUCCACUGUUCCUCGCUUUAAAUACCUUCCCAUCAGUGCUCCAGCAUUGUCUUCAAGGGGGACAACUAAGACAUCAAUUUCAACGUCUCUGGAUGAUGUUUCUUCAAGAAGCUCCUGGAGAAGUUUUACGAAUGAAGAACUCUCUCGAAAGAUUGAUAUUGAUGACAACUCAAGUUUUGGGGUGGCUGCACCUUUUUUGAAGUCUUUCAUGCAGGUUGGCAGCAGAUUUGGGGAGAGCACACUGAAACUGGGGUCCAUACUGACAGAUGGGCAAGUUGGAAGGUUCAAGGACAAGUCGGCAGCUUCCAUGUUCGGCGACAUUCUACCGGUCCAAGCCGCAGGUCUCCUCUCAUCCUUCACUGCUACAAGAUCAGACUCCUGAUUGCAGGCACACAUGCAGUCCCUUUUUCUCUUUAAAAGAGAUGGAUCUUUGUAGUUCAGAGGAGUGCGACACUUGGAAAUUGUCCAAAAAAUUUCAGAGGUUUCGAUGCUGUAUCAUUAAAGCUUGAUCCCAAGUUGAAAAUAGACGUUAUACCAUAUUGCAGUGGACAAUGUUGGAGAGGUGAAAAGGAAUCUGGGUACCGAAGAUGAUGAUGUCUCGGAGGGUUUUCACAGAAGGAAAAAUGUAAAGAAUUUUGAUUGGGGUAUGGAAGAAUGAGAGGCUGUGUUUGUCGACGAUUUGUAUUUUGUUGGGAUUGUGCAAUUAUAUAGUACAAAAUCAUUCUUUUUUAUUCUGGGUAGUGUCUGUGAAUUUAAAACCAGAUUGAGAAAGAGAAGAAAUGCGAUGAAUGCUACGCACAUAUACAUAUACAUAUUGUUAUCAAAUUAUUUUGGUUA